UGGUACGGCCUCGGAUCCCUCUCCCCUCUCGUCUCUCUUUUUUUUUCGCGCUGCUCUCUCUCUUCCCUUCUUUCUCUGUCUGUGUGAAGGAAGUCAGACUCCCUGCGAUCUCCUCCGCUGGCCCUCUGCGCAGAGAGACGCGAGUUAAAUCACUUGAUGUAUGUAGGUCAUAUACGGCGGCUGAGACGCGACUGCGCUGCUGCUGCUGAUGAUCUUAAAUUCUGAGGUGUCCCUUCUUCUUCUCUCGCCGUGAGGCUGUGGUGAGAUUGCGCUUUGGAUUGUAUCACGGGCAGCAGACGGACGGGGAGUUUUUAUUUCGCCUGGCGUGGUGUGUGUGUGUGUGUGUGUGUGUGCUGCCUUCAGCUCAGACCUCAUGAAGUCAGGACUAAACGAGAAGCGCGGCGACAUGAUGCAGACACCGCAAAGGUGUGUGUGUUGAGCCGGACGAGACGUCUGCACACACUCAGCCGCUCUUCUCUGGAGAGUAACACCCCCGACACACACAGACACACCCCUAAGUCCCGCCCGCCUGGAAUGGGGGACGCCAGCGCCUCGAAUCUGAUUGGUGGGAGCUACCGUCCGCUGGGCAUCACAGCCUGAGAGGGAGGGGCUUCUUCACUCGUAAGGGAGAAACCUAAGCCACGCCCCCAGCUCUGCUGACCUCACCACUGGGACCAUGUUGAGAUCAGGAGAGUUGCCAUGGAUACCAUCAACAUCAUCGGCCGCCCUGACAACCAGCGGCGUGCACCUGUUGGUGUGGUGCGUCGCCAUGACGGCGUGGGUGUCGUCGGGCGAUUCGACGGCCCAGCAGCAGCAGCAGCAGCAGCACCCCGUCGUCACCACGAACUACGGCAAGCUGCGGGGCCAAAAAACCGCGCUGCCCAACGAGAUCCUGGGUCCCGUGGAGCAGUACCUGGGCAUCCCGUACGCCCUGCCCCCCACCGGCGAGCACCGCUUCCAGCCGCCCGAGCCGCCCCUGUCCUGGCCGGGCAUCCGCAACGCCACGCAGUUCGCCCCCGUCUGCCCGCAGUUCCUGGAGGAUCGCUUCCUGCUCAACGACAUGCUGCCCGUCUGGUUCACGGCCAACCUGGACACGGUGGUCACCUACGUCCAGGACCAGAGCGAGGACUGCCUCUUCCUCAACAUCUACGUGCCCACUGAAGACGUAGGGGGCGACCCUUACAAUCCCCGCGACGAGUUCGCCAGUAAUGAUGAGUUCACCAGUAAUGAUGGUGAAGAAGACGAAGACAUCCACGAUGAGAACGGUCUGCGGCCGGUCAUGGUCUACAUCCACGGGGGGUCGUACAUGGAGGGAACGGGGAACAUGAUCGACGGCAGCAUCUUGGCCAGCUAUGGAAACGUCAUCGUGGUUACGAUCAACUACAGGCUGGGCGUGCUCGGGUUCCUGAGCACGGGUGACCAGGCGGCCAAGGGGAAUUAUGGGCUGUUGGACCAGAUCCAGGCGCUCAGGUGGAUCAAAGAGAACAUCCAGGCCUUCAAAGGGGACCCCAAGAGAGUCACCAUCUUUGGCUCCGGAGCGGGGGCCUCCUGUGUCAGCCUGCUCACGCUGUCACACUACUCAGAGGACCUGUUCCAGAAGGCCAUCAUCCAGAGCGGCACGGCCCUCUCCAGCUGGGCGGUGAACUACCAGCCGGCCAAGUACACGCGCAUGCUGGCGGAGAAGGUGGGCUGCAACAUGCUGGACACCAUCGACCUGGUGGAGUGCCUCCAGAACAAGAACUACAAGGAGCUGAUCGAGCAGUACAUCACGCAGGCCAAGUACCACAUCGCCUUCGGGCCGGUCAUCGACGGCGACGUCAUCCCCGACGACCCGCAGAUCCUCAUGGAGCAGGGCGAGUUCCUCAACUACGACAUCAUGCUCGGCGUCAACCAGGGCGAGGGCUUCAAGUUCGUGGACGGCAUCGUGGACUCAGAGGACGGCGUGUCGGCCAACGACUUCGACUUCGCCGUCUCGGACUUCGUGGACCACCUGUACGGCUACCCGGAGGGCAAGGACACGCUGCGCGAGACCAUCAAGUUCAUGUACACCGACUGGGCCGACAAGGAGAACCCGGAGACCCGCCGCAAGACGCUGGUGGCGCUGUUCACGGACCACCAGUGGGUGGCGCCGGCGGUGGCCACGGCCGACCUGCACGCCCAGUACGGCUCGCCCACCUACUUCUACGCCUUCUACCACCACUGCCAGAGCGAGAUGAAGCCCAGCUGGGCCGACUCGGCGCACGGAGACGAGGUGCCCUACGUGUUCGGGAUCCCCAUGAUCGGACCCACGGACCUCUUCAACUGCAACUUCUCCAAGAACGACGUCAUGCUCAGCGCCGUCGUCAUGACGUACUGGACCAACUUUGCCAAAACUGGCGACCCGAAUCAGCCGGUCCCUCAGGACACCAAGUUCAUCCACACCAAGCCCAACCGCUUCGAGGAGGUGGCCUGGUCCAAGUACAACCCCAAGGACCAGCUGUACCUGCACAUCGGCCUGAAGCCGCGCGUGCGCGACCACUACCGCGCCACCAAGGUGGCCUUCUGGCUGGAGCUGGUGCCGCACCUGCACAACAUCAACGAGCUCUUCCAGUACGUCUCCACGACGACCAAGAUCCCGCCGCAGGACACCACGCCGUACCCGUACACCAAGCGCCUGGGCAAGAACUGGCCGUCCACCACGCGCCACCCGGGCGCGCCGCCCGGCGCCAACACCAAGCAGAGCACGGACCAGCAGCGGGCGGCGAACGGCGACGACCUGGGCGGCGACGGCGACGGGUCGUCCGUGACGAUCGAGAAGCGCGACUACUCCACGGAGCUGAGCGUCACCAUCGCCGUGGGCGCCUCGCUGCUCUUCCUCAACAUCCUGGCCUUCGCCGCGCUCUACUACAAGAAGGACAAGCGCCGCCACGAGUCCAACCGCCGCGCCGGCGGGCACCACCACGCCCAGAUGAUGGGCAUGGGCGGAGGAGUCUCCGGCGGCACGCUGCCGCCCGGCGCGGCGGAGGGCGGCGCGGCCAACAACGCCAACAACGACGUGUCGCACCUGCAGAGCGAGGAGCUGAUGUCGUCGCUGCAGAUGAAGCAGCAGCUGGAUCACGAGCACGAUCACGAGCACGAGCUUCACCACCACGACUGCGACUCGCUGCAGGCGCACGACACGCUGCGCCUCACGUGCCCGCCCGACUACACGCUGACGCUGCGCCGCUCGCCCGACGACAUGCCGCUCAUGACGCCCAGCACCAUCACCAUGAUCCCCAACUCGCUGGCCGCCAUGCAGCCCCUGCACAACUUCAACACCUUCGGGGGCAGCCAGAACAGCACCAACCUGCCCCACGGCCACUCCACUACCCGGGUAUAGCGCUCAGGCCGGGACACACACACACACACACACACACACACACACACACACACACUGCUCCGUGCUGGGGGGAGGACUGCUACAUGCCGGUAUAGCUUUUUGGUGGGGGGGGGGGGGGGGGACUGCAGCUCUGAUGUGGCUGAUUUGGAGGCACAACCAGUAGUCACACACACACACACACACACACACACACACAGACACACGCGCGCACACUGUUUAAAGGGUUUUGUGGAAGGCGUGUGUUUUCCCAGCAAGAGGGACCCAGCUCUCAGAGUUCUGAGACUGAGUUAUCGACGCUUACGACACCUUCUUUAAGAUUCUCUUCGGAUUCUGCUCGGAUUUCUCGGUGAAAAGUGAAGGUUCCGCAGCGAAGGUUCUCCAGCGGAAGCCUCAAGGAGAUGAAGGGGCACUUAACCCAAACCAGAGCAGAUCGGACUAGGAAAGAGGGGGUUCACUCCUCCAUUCAAGACGCUUGUUGGAAGCAGCAGGAGCCGGAUGGUGGAGGGAGGGAGAACUAAGAGAGAACUGAGGGGGAACUAAGAGAGAACU